UCCGUACACGAAUAGACUAGAGUGGAGAGUGAGUGGAAAAAAGAGUUUGGUUCGCAAGCGGGGUGCCCCACGGUGUCUACCUGAACCCUCCUCAUUCUUCCUAAAAGUUCCCCCUUCACUCCGCACUUUCCCAUCAAAACGAAGCGCAUCGCAAUCCAAAUCCCCUAAUCCAUGGAUUCGUUCCAGCAACAACCCCACGGCUACAUGAGGCCACUGCAACCGCCACCACCUCCUCCACCGCACACGGCGGAUCUCUACCACCACCCACACCACUUUCCCCAGAUACCGCCGCCCCCGCCCCAAGUCCCUUGGUUCUCCUCCCAAUUCCAAUACCACCCUUCCCAGACCCCUUCCCCUCCGCCGCCGUGGCAGCAACCACCGCCGCCGCCACCGCCAGCUCCUCCGUCGAACGCUUAUUCCUACCACCCCAGCCAGUACCCUCCUCCGCCUCGAUCUCACGUGCCUCCUCCUCAGUUCACACCACACUCCCACGUUCCUCCUCAGCCUUAUCCUCAGGAAUGGGGCAACCCAAACUGGCCACCAAACCAGGGCUAUCCAGCCAAUAAGAAUGAAGAUUGGGCUGCUAAGGCCAGAGCUUGGGCUGAUGCUAAUGCUGCAAGGGAAAGUCAGCAUCCACAAUCGCUUUUUUCACCUGCUGGAAGAAUGCAAGAGCAAAGCCAUUAUCAUGAUCAGUAUCAGCAAUCUGUUGACUCACAUUAUACUGAUGUUCAAAACCAAUCCCAUCCAUCAGCAAGCUAUCAACAAUUUUCUUACUUGGAUGCAUCUGUGCAGCGGAUUUCAGGACAUUCCCAGGAGCCUGCAUCUGUCAGUUUGGAGACAUCAUAUACUCAAGAUGGGCAUUCUUACAGUGCUAGAGAUGGGACCGACAUAGGAGAUUUGACUGUUUCAUUUGAACAAGGGAACUUGCCGACAAAUCCAUCAGUUCAUCAGCAGGAGGUACCUUCUAGUUAUAGUUCUGUUGCAGGUAAAGAGGCUCUUGAUCAGAUUCAACUAUCAUACUCAGUCUUUCCUUUGUCAAGUUCCUCAUCGCAAGAACGCCAUGUGCAACAAUCAAUGCAUGCACCACCUUUUGUGUCUGGCAGCCAUUCAGUUGACUCCACUAUCAGUCUUGCUGAUCAACCAUUAGAUUUUGCACCUAGGUUUAAUCGUGAUAGUGACUUGCAAAUGCAAUCAACUUAUAAUCAUCACGAUUCCAGUUCUUCAAUGAAUAACUGGGCUUCUCCAGUGACACCUGGUGUUAGUUAUCCAUCAGUACCACCAAAUCUUUCUUCUGGGCAGCAGCAGCAUGACCCUUCUAUCACCACUCCUGGUCAUGUGGCCCCGCCAUUUGGAAGGUUUGCUGGACCUGGCCUCCCUUCGACCAUUCCACCAAGUGGUGCACCGUUUACUCUUAGCACAGGAACUACACUUCAUCCUACUGUGGCUUUCUCAGCUGAUGCGUAUGGGGCAUCUGGUGUUCCUGAUCGUCCUAAGAAGGCUUCUGUCCCUAACUGGCUGAAAGAGGAAAUAAAGAAAACAGUCAUCCCUGCUCCUGCAGAGAAUCUGAAGGAAGAAACAUUUGUAAAUGAUGGCAUUGACAAGUCAUAUGCUAGAGGUGAUGAGGCAGAUAGUAAAAGCAUUGAUUCGUCUAGAUCAGCUGAGGAUGAGGAUGAAGAGGAUCAAGUUGAAGCAGCUAGAACUGUAGCAAUCAACCAAGAAAUAAAAAGAGUUCUGACUGAAGUUCUUUUGAAGGUUACUGAUGAAUUGUUUGACGAAAUCGCAACCAGAGUUCUUGCUGAAGAUGAUCUUACUGCUGAAGUGGGCCACAAGGUUGCCACCUCAAAUCAUAAGGCAUCAGCAUCUCCUCCCUCAGCUACAGUUCCUAAGGCAUCUGCAAAAGUUUUAGUUCCAAUCAAAGAGAAGGUAGAAAAUGAAGACACCAGUGAAAACUCUAAUUCCAGCUCUCCUGGAGAUGUUUUAGGUCUUGGAAAUUAUGGUUCUGAUGCUGAUGAUGGAGACAAUGAAAUUGAGAGUUCCAGUGUGCCAACACCUGCAAGAGAUGCUGCCUAUCAGUCAGGGAUUAAGAAACCUUUGUCAGAUAGACAUGAUCUACCUGUUAAUGGCAUUGCACAACUUGAUGAGCAUGAUAGAAGUGAAACUAAUUUGAUGAAUAAUCAGGUCAAAACCAUCUCUUUACCAUCCAGAAGUAGCAAUGAUGCUGCUACUGAUCUGUUGCAUGAUGACAAGGUGACCAAGGAAUCCAAUCAUUCACAUUCUUCCAAGGUGGUGACUGAAGAUCUUAAGGAUAAUGGGCUUAAUUCCAUUGAAAGAAGCCUUGAUAGAUUUAAUGGUUUUAGUUCUAAAGAUUCUUCAGGGGUAUCAAGAUCUGAACUGCCUGGAAAGAACAUCAGUGUGGAAAAAGCAACAGAUGAUCUUUCAGGUAGGGAAAGCAGAAAAAAAUCAGAAAAAAAUGAUCGGCCUGACAGGAGUACUUCUGAGAAAGACUUUGUAAAGGAGGUACACAGUAGUAAGACUAGGAUAGAUGAAAAAGGUAACGAGAAUCAAAUAAGAAAGGAUGAAAGAAACCAGAAAAGGGAAAAAACAGAUUAUGGCAGUGAGGCAAAAGAAAGAGUGAAAGAGCACAGUUUAAGGCAUGGGGAGAAGGCAAAGGAAUCAGACUCAAGGAAAAGAUCCUCUCAUGUUGAUGUCAAGGAUGAUAAAAAGGAAGCAGAAAAAUCCCAUAGAGGUAGUGCCACUGACGAUACUAGCCGGAAAAGGGAGCAUGCAAAGGAUAAGGGGGAACAUAAAUCAAGGCAAAAAGAUGCAAGUAAUCAUGACAGGCACAGAAGAAGACGUUCAUCUUCAGUAAGCAGUAGAGGUAGAACCAAGAAGGAUCGUAUUAAUCAUGCUGAUGAUUCAAGUGGUGAAGGAUCAGAUGGCUCAAAAAGGAAGCUGCAUUCAAGAAAGCAUGACUUAUCACCGUCUCCGGUCAGAUCUAAAAGAAGACAACUUUUGCGGUCUCCUCAUAGCAAGCAUUCUCAGCGCAGGCAUUCUCCCUAUACUUCUCUUGAUUCUUCCAGGGGAAGGAGGUCAAGAUCCAGAUCACCUGUUCGGCGGCAGAAAUGAAUGGAUGGGGACAGAGAUGGUUGACUUUGCAUUUAAGGGGUUCGUUCAAGAGGACAUAAAUUCGGAGGCGUAGGGCGAAGCUUGUGAUGGUCUGCAAAGGGAAUUUUGAUUAAAAAUUAAUAGGUAGCGAUGACUUUUCCCAUUUUUGUAGGUUCAAUAAAAUGACUGUUAUUUUCCUGAUUUGCUAGUGUUCUUUAGGGAGAAGUAUAAAACUGGGCAGGGUUGGACAUGUGCUGUAAUAUGUUUUGAUGUAAAAAAGAAACGGAAAAAUCGAUAGCUUCUUUCAUUAGAAAUCCCAUCAAUAUUAUAAUUCGUAAUGACAAAUUCAAAACUGACUAAUCCAAUUUUUGCUGGAUGUGUUAGCUGAAUGAUUCAGAUAAAGUUUAAUAAAAUAAUCUGCUGUCCA